GCUGUGCACUAAACAAAGGUCUGCAUGUCAUAAGAUCAAUAGAGAGGUCACCGUUGUUGUUCAACCGAGACUCCGAGCAGGAUUCAUAUUACGACUUGUUGGCAACGCAAUGUUUGUGCGUGUACAUACUAGCGACCGUUGACGAAUACAGGAACUAGAACAGCUACUAUCUGUACCACAUACAUUUGGCGCGCCAAUCGACUGUUGUUAUCCCGCUGUCGUUACAAGCAGGAAGUAACUCUGUGUUGUUGGAGGACAACUGGCAACGGGAUAAACAAGCAGAUCGGCGAAAAGACACUCCGUGAUGACCACACCUGAGAAGCCACAUGCCAAGAACGACCCGUCUGCCUCUGCUGGUGCAGCAAAGACGGGACAGGCACACAUGAGGCGUAUGGAAUAUGCAAAUUUUCUAAGAAGAGCUGAUCAGAGCCACUACCGAGGCCCAUGUUGGUACGGAACAGAAGCGCCAUCCGUUAGAUAUUCCGGUCCCAGCUACUCCUUCGGGUCAAGUUAUCGGGAUUUAAGCUACUCGGACUCGCCAGGGCCUUGUUAUUUUCCACCGUGUCCAUCCACGCUCAGCCCGGGGCCGAAGUCCUCCAUCACCUCAAGACUUGGACCACCCACCUUCAACAUGUGCUUGCCAGGCCCUUGUCAUUUCCCACCGUCUCCAUCCUCGCAGCGUCCGGGACCGAAGUUCUCCAUCACCUCAAGACACAUGCCAUCCCGCUUUGCCAUCACAGUGGAAGAGGAAUAGAGUUAUGUACAUCAUGGGUGCACCUAAAGAAGUCGGAACGCAAUAAGUUGGAUUGUUGUCCAAUUUGACGAAUCAUAAUCAAGUCCAAAAUAUACAUGUGACCAGCAAGUGCUUGGAACAUCAAAGAAGAGUUACAAGACAUGUGUAUACUGUACACAUUAAAGAGAAGGUUCAGGAAAGGGAUCCUGAAAAGUGUAACUGUUCAUUCAAUUAAGGAGAGUAUAUAUAUGCAUUAACAGUUCAUGCUUUUAUUUAAUUCCUAUUCGUUGAGUUAAACAUGUUUAUCUGAAUUUUGAAUUCUCUUAAGGCGAUUGAAAAGUGUUGAAUAUGAAUGAAAACUACACUGGACUUGUACUACUUUUAGUGAUCUGCUCGUGAUGUCCAAUAAACUUGACAUGUAAUAGUU